UAGAAUCUUUUUGAGUCCCAAUUCACGAUAAUGAUUGCGCUCGCACUUGCGCAGCGGCAUUUUUAUUCCAAUAGAAGAACAAAAGAUUAUUUUCUCGCUCUAUUAACUCAGUAUCCUAAUUUCAGUUACAAAGCGCAAGGCAGGAGUAUAAAACUCAUCGUCGGAGAUGCAUCAGCCGAGCUCCGAUUUUCAGAUUUUCUGGGAGCAGAAUUGGCGAGUAUACGGUCGAAGACAGAAGAAACCUGAACGCGUGCACGAGUAGGUGGGGGUGGGGAGGAGAUCCGGGAGGAGCAGAAGGAAGAAUAUUGAUCGAGAGUAGGCAUGCGCCUACAAGCCACGGUGUCUCUUCCUCGUCCCACCCUGCGUCGGCGGCGCCGAGCACCAAGCCCAAGGUGGACGACAAUGGGACAUGCGUCGUGUUGGUCAGUACACUUGAGGUCGCGCCGUGGUAAUUAAGGGUAACGCGUUCUCGGUGCGCCUAGGUCGAGGAAGAAGACUCCAGUCGGUCGGUCGCUGCUCCGAGGGCGUGUCGAUUAAAAAGACAGUCGGUCUCUCCACUCAUACCGUGGAGUCUCGAACUAUAUAGUCCGCUCCGAAUCGGCGCAGAAUCGGCGGUGGCCCGACGGGAAGAGGCAGCGGCACGUAACGAGGUGGGCUCAUUCAACGACGGUGAUUUCACGGUGGCGAGCACACGGACGCGCCCCGUUAAUAAACUAGCGCGUGUGUACGUGCGGUAAUUUAAACGCGUGAUAUAUUGUCCGCCGCAUAUCCCGGUGGGGCGGCAUCAUCAUUCGGCGGAGCACAUGCCUUGUUAACCACUGACCGAGGCCAGGCAGUUCGUGCGUCGAGAGUGACGGGAGAAUCCACAUCGAGGAAUACACAUCGCCGAAACGCUUCGGCGGAAUAUUGGCAAAGAAACACAAGGGGAGCUGUCGAGGGACGAGCCAGAAGGAGUCAUGUCCGAUUUGGACGACGAGACCGACACUUCCUGCGGGGAGGAGCAAGUUGUCUCGGACUGGGAGGUCCGGAAGGAAUGGCUCGAGAACAUAUUGUCAAAGCACCACAACGGGAAAGCGGUCGAAGUUCUGGAGUUUAAGGUGAGCCCCGGAUGCGCGACAAGCGAGAGCGUGCUGAGCGCUAUCACCAGCGUUAUGACAAAGUAUUUAGCAGCAUUUACGACGAAUAAGCCAACCGAUAGAUGCAGAGUGGACCUUAUCAUAAAGCAACUUCCCAAGGAUCCGUUUAGCCGGUUUUUCGUUACAGAAGGCCAAUUUGAUCUCCGAGAGAUUAAGUUUUAUACACGGGUGAUGCCAGACUUGAAAGAAUUCAAUAAAAGGCAGCUGGCGACGUCAGAGGAAAAAAUUAUAUUGCCAAUUCCAACAUGCUAUCAUGCUCAUUAUAGUCCUGCCGGCGGAACUGACGACAGCCCGAUACCGCCGGAAUCGAUGCUGGUAUUGGAAGACUUGAGCGUCAUAGGUUACGAGAGCGUCAAGUUCUCGGAAGGAUUAACGUUUAGUCAAGCGACAGCAGCGUUAAGUGCCAUCGCCUGCGUACACGCCCACUCCCUGUCGAUGAAGGUCGUGGACAAACAAUCCCUCCCCGAGCGUUAUCCAUUCCUAUUCCAAACAGCGAAAGCAACAGAUUCGUACCAGCAGCUAGUGGAGCGUGGUUUACCACAAUUGGCGCAUUUUCUUGAGAGUAGACCAGGACUGGAGGCGGUCCUCGAGGCUCUGCUAAUUUUGCGACCUCGCACCAAAGAUAUUAUUUCGGCUCUUCUUGCUCCAGAAAGUCCGCUAGCAUUGAUAACGCACACCGACUUUUGGAGCAAUAAUCUACUUUUCAAAAAUAAUAGUAAAACUACGGACUGCACGAUUCUCGAUUGGCAGAUGGUCACUUACAGUCGGCCGACGAACGAUGUCGCAUUGUUGUUGGUGAGUUCAGUGCCCACAGAGUUACGGCGCAAGCACACUGAUACGCUUCUGAAUACGUAUUGGAACACGCUGAACUGGACAUGCUCGCAUCUCGGCCUAAAUAUCCCCAAAGAUUUAGGUUACACCAGAGAGGAUUUGAACAAGGACUACAGAAGAUCCCAGCUGCUGGCGCUUUUACUUUGUAUCGGAUCGGUGGACGUUGCACUCGGUGAUCCUCUCACGGAGCAACGACUGAUCGACGUCCUUGAGGAUUUAUAUAAUGACGGCGUACUAACGGACGAAGCCGUCGUCGCGACAAACGAGACUAAUAAUUCUUAAUCAUCGCUACCACGGCUAGCGUACGCAUCGAAGAAUUAACAUUUCUGUCGGGGACUGUGACUCUAAGCGAAGAGUUUCAUAAGAGAAGCAAUAGCCCGUUUGUAGUUUAAAGAUGCAAUCUUUUGUGUUCCCAAUUCAAAGGAGGCUUAAAGCCAGCAAAAAUAUGAAUGUUGGCACAGAAGAAGAUAGCUACAAGAAGCACGACUCACGUCGGAAGAAUAUAGUGGAAGAAUAUAAACUUGCGCUAUUCGUACGAUGUCGUCUCCUUGUAACGAGAUACUAAGACGAACGGGACAAAAUGGGUCAAAGAUCGAUAUGCUUAAAGGAUACGAUAGAUGUCUCAGUUAUAUUAUUAAUGUAAGCUUUGACAAACUAUCGGCUAUUAUACUCCUUAAAAGCUACAGUAUUUUAAUGACUAUUUAUGCAAGAUUCGCUUGCAAUUUGAUGAAAGUCUCAAAAGUACGAUAAAAUCGAAAGCGAAUUUUUCAGGAGAAGCUGCGUAAUAAAAAUAUCGAUUUCUUAACCAGACACUUCUCUCCAAUGUGGUUGUAUCAAUUCGGUUUUGUGUUCGAAUGCAAAUUGCUAAUGAACUUUAAUGUGCUGUGCCAAGUCGUUAAAGAUCUAGGCAAGUAGUUGUGAUACAAUUACUAAGACGGAUCAACUAGAUCCGUGGUUAAUGAUAUAGGACAUAUAUCAAAGUUAUAGAGUAUUUUCGAGAUAUACAUGAAACAUAAAACAAUUAUACAUUCCAUUUGCCCGAAUACGUCCCGUGAUAAAUAAACUUCUUCCGACAAUUAUUCCAGCGAACGCGCUGUUUUGUUAUAUACGCUAUAUACAAUUAUUGUACUAUCCAUUUUCUCUGUAUAAACAAUAUGGAUAAAAUAUACUUCGAUGUUAUCACGAAUAGCAAACAAAGUUCCUAUUGCAAUUCAUACAGACACACGUUAUUAUUUUUUUUCUUUCAAUCGUCAAACACAGAGAAUUCACACGAUCAAUUAUUUAUUCUCAACGCGGAAAUAAUAUUAGCAAAACGUUUAGAAUAAAUAACGCUCAGUCAUGAAAAUUUAGACACAACUAUCGAUAUGAUAGUGUCAUGCACGCACACAUUGAAAUAAAUUGAAAAUGACACACUUUAAUAAUUAUAAAAAAUAUUUAAUAAACUUACCGAUGCAGUGACUCCUCCUGCGAUAAAA